AAGAACAUGGUACAGUAACCAUGCCGCUGCGGCAACGACGUUGCCGCGUGCUUACGGCGGCCGUGGCUAUCGCGAUCGUAUUUUUAGUGAGUGGAAACGAAGCGUCGUCUUGUAAAGGGUGUGCGGAACCAUUAAAAUGUGACUGCAAAGGUCUGAAGGGAAGACGUGGAGACGUGGGUUUACCGGGUCGAAGGGGUACCAUAGGAGAGUAUGGUUAUAUUGGUCCCGAAGGGCCACUUGGCCCCAAAGGGGAAAAAGGGCAAGCUGGAGAAAUCGGAGGGGAAGGAGAGAAAGGCUAUCGAGGAGAUAUUGGAGACGCAGGUGUUCCAGGAGAACGAGGAGCUGAUGGUGCUCCAGGAUUACUAGGGCCUGUAGGAAUUCCUGGUUUAGAUGGAUGUAAUGGAACAGAUGGGACGCCAGGAACACCGGGUACUCGAGGAAGACCUGGAGUACGAGGUCCUGCUGGGCCAGAAGGUUGGCCAGGUCCGCCUGGAGAACCUGGAGAAGGUGGCGGAAACUCAGUUGGGGUUAAAGGAGACGCAGGUAUUCCUGGUCUCCCCGGAUUCGAUGGUCCCGUGGGACCCAAAGGUGGACAAGGAUUCAAAGGAUGGAGAGGUCCACCUGGUUUACAGGGACUAGCUGGAGAACCGGGACCGAUAGGUGUAAGAGGAGACACCGGUGAUUACAAAGUAGGUAAUGCGGGAUUAGCUGGCGAACCUGGAGAUGACGGAGAAAAGGGUGAACCAGGCGAGUGCGACGGGUGUUUGAGGGGUUCUACGCAAAUAAUUUCCCUCGCGCCCGUGGGAAGUAAAGGAGAUCAAGGAAUGCCAGGUCCUCGUGGUAGAAAAGGCGACAUAGGAGAAAAAGGACCUCCAGGUUUUCUAGGCCCCCCAGGACAAAAGGGCUACAAAGGCGCUCAGGGAUAUGAUGGUCAUCGAGGUAAACAAGGUCGUCAAGGUUCAGCAGGCCCUCCUGGUGAAAAAGGUGACAAAGGAGCUCCAGGGUAUGAGGGCACUGCCGGUCUAGAUGGCAUAAAAGGUGAAGAAGGUGAAUCAGGAAACGCUGGUCCUCCGGGAGUGCAAGGUAUUGAGGGCGAACCAGGCGUUUACGAUCCAUUCCUAGAUGAAGAAGGUAAAACUGGUAACGUUGGAAGACAAGGCGAACCUGGACUACCUGGGCAAAGAGGAAUGUCGGGAAUACCCGGAAGACCAGGCACGGCUGGACCUAUCGGUCCACCUGGCUUUCCGGGACCGCCCGGGCUACCAGGAUUACGAGGAAGAAAGGGAUUAUCCAUAAAAGGAGAAAGAGGUGACGAUGGUUUACCUGGUUUGCAAGGUAUGCCAGGAAAGCCGGGCCCUCCUGGACGUGAAGGUAUAUUGGGUGAAAAAGGUUUUCCCGGUCAGACAGUUGUCGGACCUCGUGGCGAAUCAGGUCAUCCAGGGAAUGACGGCUUUCCUGGUCCAAUGGGCGACAGAGGAGACGUAGGAGUUACUGGGCCGAAAGGAUUUCCGGGACAAGGACGACCGAUAAUGGGACCCCCGGGUGAACCUGGUCUUCCUGGAAAACCAGGUCUGAUUGGUGACUUCGGUUUACCUGGAUAUGAUGGAACACCAGGAGACAAAGGUAUUCGCGGGGACGAUUGUGGCAUAUGUACACCAGGUUUACCGGGUCCUAAAGGCGAUCGUGGCGAUUCGGGGAGAAACGGAAGACCGGGAUUAUUGGGGUACCGUGGUUUACCCGGUCCGAGAGGACCAAAAGGCUUAGCUGGAAAACAGGGACUACCUGGUCUGCAAGGGUUAAAAGGUCAAGAUGGGCAACCGGGAUUACAAGGACUCCCAGGGCAAAAAGGUCCUAAAGGAGAACUUUUACAUACAGAAUUUCGUAGAAAAGGAGGCGACAUGGGUUACCCUGGUUUCGCAGGACUACCUGGAUUACCUGGGCCGCCAGGCAGACUAGGGCCACCAGGUUCUAUUGGAUUGAAUGGGUCGAAAGGUCAACGCGGAAACGAUGGUUUACCAGGAAGAUCGGGCAGAGACGGCUUACCCGGGCUAAAUGGAAUACCAGGAAUUAAGGGAGAUAUGGCUUCAGUUCCGAAAGAUAUGUUAAGGGGAGAUAGAGGAUUUAACGGCUUACCGGGAUUUCCGGGAGAUCGUGGAGACGAUGGAGCACCUGGUGAACCUGGAGACGCAGGUCAUUAUUUAGCGGCAACUAGAGGUGAUAAAGGACCAAAAGGACCUGUGGGUGAUCAAGGUUUGCCCGGUUUCAAAGGUUGGGAGGGUCCACCGGGAGAAAGAGGAUUCCCGGGAUUACCUGGGCGCACAGGAGCAACAGGAUCAAUCACUCCUGGACCCGUGGGUCUAAAAGGUUAUCCAGGGUUAACCGGUAAUGAAGGACCGCGUGGAAGGCCAGGUAUUCCCGGCACUCCCGGCUUAGAAGGUAUACCUGGAUCGAGAGGAUUAAAGGGAAUGCGAGGUGAAGUGGCAUUGAGCAUUUUAUACGGUGAAAUUGGAUCUACUGGCUCACCUGGUCUAAAGGGCGAAACUGGAGAUGAAGGACCACAAGGGUACCCUGGCAGAUCUGGCAUUCCUGGUGCUAAAGGUGUAAGAGGACCUAAAGGAGCACCAGGUAUAACAGGACUACCAGGGAUAAAAGGCUCGAAAGGUCAAAGGGGAGCCAUAAUACCAGGACCACCUGGUUCCCCCGGUAUACCCGGAAUGAAUGGUUUUAGAGGCCCCAUAGGAGAAAUGGGUCAGAAAGGUGAUGACGGCUUCCAAGGCGAACGAGGUCUUAAGGGUAGUAAAGGUGAAAUUGGACCACCUGGAAGACGUGGACCGGAUGGCGAUGUUGGCCUACCAGGUUUUGCAGGUCGACCAGGAAAACCUGGAUUGGAAGGUUUACCUGGAUUGCCUGGUGGACCAGGGGAAAAAGGACUAGCUGGUACUCCAGGAAUAAGUGGUUUACCUGGCCUUAAAGGAGGUAGAGGCCCCAAAGGCAUAAGAGGAGAAGUUGGAAACGAGGGAUUGGAUGGUUUGCCGGGAUUACCAGGAUUCAAGGGUUUGAGGGGUGACUCCGGCUACAUGGGUCGUAAAGGAGAAAAGGGAGAAACCCAAAUAAGUGGACCAAAAGGAGAGGACGGUGAACCAGGAUUUAAUGGUCCACCAGGUUAUGAUGGUUUACCCGGACUGGAUGGAAGUCCCGGACCAAAAGGAGAUCAAGGUAUGAGCAUCUACGGCGAAAAAGGUUUGAAAGGAAAAGAAGGCGAACGUGGAAUCCCUGGACGAAAUGGCUUACCUGGACCUCGUGGAGAACCGGGAGAGAUAGGAAAGCUGGGCAGCAAGGGAGACAUUGGCGAUCAAGGUGUAAAAGGUGAUGUUGGAUGGCCUGGAAGAAACGGUUUAAUGGGAAUCAAGGGGGUAAGAGGGGACACUGGACCAAUGGGACCUGACGGCUUUAAGGGUGAGCCAGGUAUGGAUGGUGAACCUGGAUUAAUGGGACAUCCUGGACUACCAGGAGACGAUGGUUUUCAAGGACCCGUUGGACCUGCUGGUCCUAUAGGGCCCAAGGGGAAGAGAGGUCUUCCAGGUUUGGCUUUAUAUGGUGCCACCGCUGAAAAAGGAGACUACGGCGAACCUGGAAUGCGAGGGCUUCCUGGCUUUCCAGGGCAAAAAGGAAGUCCCGGAUUUCCAGGACCAAAAGGUGUGAAGGGUGGAAGAGGGGACUUGGGAUCUCGAGGAUUUGAGGGAGAUAGCGGUUUUCCCGGUGCUAAAGGUGGUGUUGGUGAUAUUGGACCUCCGGGACUUCCUGGAAUGCCCGGACAAAAUGCAGAACCUGGCGAACAAGGACGGGAUGGAUUACCUGGAAGGCUUGGAAUACCGGGAAGACCCGGUCAAAAAGGAGCACCUGGUGAUUACGGAUACGAAGGACCUAAAGGUAUUGCAGGCAUUCCUGGAACAACUACUGCGGGUAGAAAGGGAGUUGUAGGAGACGAAGGAUUUCCGGGAACACCAGGCUGGCCUGGCAAAAUUGGACUACCAGGCAUGAACGGAAAACCGGGAGAGAAGGGCAGAAAAGGUUUACUUGGUGAACCAGGAUAUGCAUCAGUUAGUUUUAAGGGUGAAACGGGAGAUGUCGGAUAUUCUGGACCGCCUGGAGUCCCCGGCGAAAAAGGAGUGAUUGGCGACAGCGGACGCGAUGGUUUUCCUGGUCCAAGCGGGCCGAAAGGAAGCAGAGGGCCUUCCGGUGAUAUUGGUCUUCCUGGCUUGCAAGGUUUAUUCGGCUUUAAGGGGAUAAAAGGGGAGCAUGGAGAAAUUUCAAAUGAUAUUUAUCCUGGCGAACCUGGAGAUAUUGGAUAUCCUGGCUUAAUGGGGCUUCCAGGAGGAAUGGGUUUACCUGGAAAAGCUGGUUUUCCUGGACUUAAGGGAAUGCAGGGUCCAGAAGGAGACGCUGGUUUACCAGGACUCCCCGGGCUCCCUGGAUUAAAAGGACUAGUUGGUGACUCCGGCUAUCCAGGCAUAAUUGGAUUACCAGGCCCUAGAGGUUUUGCUGGUUUGCCAGGUUAUCCCGCACCCCCAGCACCUGGACCACCCAACAGGGGCUUUAUGUUCACCCGACAUUCCCAAUCAGAAAUUACACCUGUAUGUCCCCGAAACACCAUCCAAAUGUGGGAAGGUUAUUCGUUAUUGUAUUUACUAGGAAAUUCUUUGGCUAAAGGACAAGACUUAGGCGCUCCUGGUAGUUGUUUAAGAAAAUUCAGUACGAUGCCUUACUUCUUCUGUAAUUUAAACAACCAAUGCGAAUAUGCUCAACGAAACGACUAUAGUUACUGGCUUUCGACAAACGAACCAAUGCCAGUGAUGAUGACAACAAUUCCAGCAACGGACGUGAGAAGAUAUAUAUCCAGAUGUAUAGUUUGUGAAGCACCUACGAGGUUGAUCGCUGUCCACAGUCAAAGCACCUCCAUACCUGAUUGUCCAGCAGGCUGGGAAAGGGCCUGGGUUGGAUACAGUUUCCUAAUGCAAGUGGAUGCUGGUGGUCAAGGAGAUGGUCAAUCUCUCGUCUCUCCAGGUUCGUGUUUGGAAGAGUUCAGAUCGAGACCAUUCAUCGAAUGUCACGGACAAGGUCGCUGUAACUACUACACAACUUCGUACUCGUAUUGGUUAGCGACCAUCGAAGAUUACGCGAUGUUCCAGAAGCCCAGAGAGCAAGUAUUAAAGCCCAGUAUGGACCUUACUUCAAGAAUAAGCCGAUGCUCGGUAUGCAUGAGAAAGAAAUAUGGGGAACCGGUUUCCAGACCCACGCCCGUAUCUAUCCUGCCGCCAUUGGAACUGAAGAACGAAUCUCCCCAAAGAAGGCCUUACUAUUACCCACCAAGGAAAACAUGGCGAAACCGAUUUAAUCCUGGCCGUUCAAGGCAUAGGAUCAAAGUAUAAACAUUGCCAACCAAAGUUUUUCUCUAGUGGAUUCUAGUGACUUUUGUGAUUACUAAUUUCUUUAUUUAUGAAUGGACGGACGUUACUAUGCCUACUUAUCGUUGCUAAAAUUGUAUAUUUUUUCACAUUGUAAUGUUAAUUUAUCUGCCUGUUUAUGUAUAUUAUCACUGCCAAAUGUUAUCGAUUUGUAUGUACGUUUUUUGUAAAAAAGUUAUUGA